GGAGAUCUUCCUCAUCCCUCUGCUAUAAGCACCACCGCAACCCUAGACGCCCUCUCAGCCUCAGCCUCCCGCCGCCGCCGCUCUCUUCUCCGGAGACCCUCCCCUCCAGAGACCAGCGAGCGCGGAGACGCCGGAGCGAACCCUCGCCUGCGACCAUGGUGCUCCAGAACGACAUCGACCUGCUGAACCCGCCGGCGGAGCUGGAGAAGCUCAAGCACAAGAAGAAGCGCCUCGUCCAGUCCCCCAACUCCUUCUUCAUGGAUGUCAAGUGCCAGGGCUGCUUCAGCAUGUGUCCAGGUGGAAAUCGAUUCCUGGCAUCGAGGGCGCCAGGCACCCCAUGCGUAUGGCAUCUGGAGUCGUCGCCUAGGCGUGUAUGGCGUCAAUUUUUUCUGCAAGGCGGGCGCCGCAUGGGCGAUUUUGCAAGUGCGGGGGUGAAAAGGGGACCGCGCGGGAGGGUUGCGCACGUGGGAAUCAGCAGCAGCUGCGCGCAGGGGAAAUCCGCGCGCCUACACCUCCCACCGCGACGUAUCGCAGAUUCAGAACGAGAGAGGGUGGCGGGCCAGCAGCACCUCGAAUCCUCAGCGGCGGUGCGCUGCUCCGAUUCAGCCGUGCCUGCUCUCCAAUCCCAUGGCUCCAGCCCCUUCUCCAAUCGAUUUGCAUCUUCUUCCUCUUCUCCAACCAAUCCGGGCGGAAGCCCUCCAUUCCUUCUCCAUCCAGGAGCUCCUGGUUCUUCUUCUGCCUCCCAGCCAGCACCCCCUCCCGCAGCUGCAUCACACGGACACAGCACUACCGUGUUCAGCCACUCCCAGACGGUGGUGGUCUGCCCGGGCUGCCAGACGGUGCUCUGCCAGCCGACAGGCGGGAAGGCCAGGCUAACCGAGGGGUGCUCCUUCCGCCGCAAGGGCGACUAAAUCAUCGGGAUGCAAAAGCUCUGCUGACGGAGCUGCUAGUUUCCAGGAUGUAGUCUGAAAGUUUUGCCAAUGGCUGCUAUGUGAACCCGUGCUCUUUGAAUCUUUUGCUAGAAGUUACGUCGCGACAUUGGUACCUUAUAUUCUACAAUUGGGUAAAGGAAGGUCAGACUAGCCGUGUAUCCUGGUGAUAUUUGGCGUCACUGAAUCGUUCGUUAUUCCUGGUGAUGUUGGAUGACCCAUUCUUCUA